AUGUCACCUUAUGGGUUGGUAUUUGGAAAACCAUGCCACCUUCCAGACGAGUUAGAACACAAGGCUUAUUGGGCUAUAAAGAGUUUCAACAUGAAAAUGGAUGAAAGGGGAGAACACAGGAAGUUACAACUACAAGAGUUAGAGGAAAUUCGUAAUGAUGCCUAUGAGAGUGCAAGGAUUUACAAGAAAAAGACGAAGGCUUUUCAUGAAAAGAUGAUCUCUAGGAAGGAGUUUAAAAUUGGUCAAAAAGUCCUUUUAUACCAUUCACGGCUUCAUUUGUUUCCAGUUGAAAUUAAAAGUUUAACAACUUCCAAAGUGUUCAAGGUGAAUGGCCAUAGAAUUAAUAUUUUCUAUGAAGGUUUCCAAGUAGAGAAUGUAGCAAAAUUGGACCUUGAUGGAAGAAGAAAGCCUUGA